AUGUUGAUACCAUGCAUCGCAUUCUCUGCUUCGUCAGUAAUUCGAAUAAAUGGUAGAUUGCUCGAUACAUCUGCUGCUCUAAGACAAGCAGCAAACAUAUUAAAUGUAGCAGAACCUGCAAAUUGGGCUAAUUAUAUGGAUCCAGUAUCAACAACUGGAUCAGUUGGUCAGGCUAACGUUGGAACUGGAACACUUGCUACUGCUAUGGCUAGUUGGUCAAUUCCAGAUCAAUUUCGUGAAAAAGCUGUUCAAAGCGUCAAUUUAUUAGUGAUUGCUGCAACAGAAGGAUCUUAUACAGCUCAAGCAUUUGUAUUUUAUACUCAAACUGGUGCUUCAUUAUCAACGUUAUUAGUUGUUACACAGAAACUUGAUUCUCCAAGUGAUUCAAAUUCGCCAGUUUCAGUUUCUUAUGUAACGAUUAAUUCAAAUGCAGCUAUCAAACAACAAUACACGUCUUAUACUGUACGGGACUGUCAUACAUGUCCAAAAUGUUUAUGGACAAGCUCUUGUUGUUGUCACGAUGAAACGAAAACUUCACCACGUGUUAUUACACCAGAUGAAUUGAAUAUUAUCAAUCAAAAAAUGAAAGCCAAUCAAUUUGCUUGGUUUAAUCAACAAACAUUGAAUAAAGCAAUUAAAAAACGUAAUUUAUUUAAAUAUAAUUCUAAUAAUCAGAUUAUAUCUUUGACUGAAGCUAUUGAUAAAUUUCUCUCAAGUAAUAUUGUCAAAGCUGAAAUAUUAACAUCAUAUAAUGAUUCAAUUCUGUCAACAUUACAAUCUCAUAUUACAUCAUUAAAAUUAUCAAGUCAAUCAUUGAAAAUGACGAAAUUAGAAAGUCAAAAUCUUCGUUUAGUUCUAUCAACAUUGACAAAAGAUUAUGGAUUUGAAGAUAUCUAUGAUGAUGCAUUAUUUAUGGAACAAUUAAAAACAGGAAGACUCUCAUAUGAAAAUUUGUUUACUAGUUCAACUGAUGUCUAUAAACAAAGUCUAGCUAUUAAAUAUAUUUGGUUAAUUGGUCAAACUGUUGAUAAUUCAACAUAUUCAAUUAAUUUUCUUUUUGUAAACAUUACUUCUCAACAAUUAAUUAAUAGACUAUUAUCAAAUAAUACAAAUGCUAAUGAAUCUGAUUAUACUGUUGAUUAUAAUAAAAAGCUAAAAGUUGUACGUACUUCAAUAUUAAAUGAUUAUGGUAAAUUUUUAAAUGAAGAUCUUUUAACAUUGAUUACACCAUGA